UCACUUUCACCAUAUUGCAAAUAUCCUCUCUCUAUAAAAAAAAAGCUUCAUCGCCGCCUUUGUCUUUUGUUUCUUCGAUUCGAUUCGAUUCACCGGUAAGUAAUUCCCAUCUCACCGGGAAACACCCUAAAUUUACCCUUUUCUCCAUUAUUUCUAGGGUUUCUUCUUCUUCGCCCUCGAAUUUUCUAGAAAUUACAGAAAAAGAAAAAAAAAUUCAGUUGUUUUUUUUAUAUAAUUUGAUUAGUCCUCUUACCAGAUCUGAUAUUGAGUUUUGAAUUAACGAGUUUUUUGGUUCGACCUAGGGUUUGUUUGACUUUAAUUAGUGAAAUUAGGGUUAGGGUUUGUAGGUGAAUUAUUAGGGUUUAUAUGGCUGCUGGAAGGCAUGGCGGUUACAGGGAUAAUGAAUUUAGGGGACGUGAUGGUGAGUUUGAGGUAUCAAGGAGGGAACUUGGUGGUGGUUAUCCGAAAGGGGAUUAUGAACGAAUUAGGGAUCGUGACGAUCGGGAUAAUCGUGUUAAUGAUAGGAGUGGCGGUCGAGAUGAUAGGGGUAGUAGGUUGAGACAGAAGGAUGUAAAAGAAAGGGGUAUGAUGAAUGGCGGUUAUAAUAGGUCCGUGUCGUCGAGUAGGAGUGAUUCGGGUAGUAGUGAUGGUGGUGGAGCGAGGAGAAGUAGCGGGCGUAGUGUUAGGGAUGUUGUUGAUCGAGAGCCUGGGGAAUUGUCUAGUGAGAGUGGUGGGUCUGAUGGGGGUGUUGAUUCGGACCAUAAGACGAAUACCAAGAAUGUCGACAAUGGGAAUCAGUCACCGGUACAGAGCAAGAAACGGAAGUUCUCUCCGAUUAUAUGGGAUAGGGAAGAUAAGGAAGCGAAUAGAAUGUUAAAGAGUAGAAAUUCGCCAGCAGAGGUUAAGCUACCUCCUCCGCCUCCGUUACCAAAGUCGUCUGGCGAGUUGGCUGAUCUUCCAUUUGAAAGGGUUGAGCAGGUUGAGCUGUUGAAGAAUAAUGAUAUUCGCAGCACGGAGCCAUCACCAAGUAAUCCAAAUCCAGCACUUGGUUUACGUGUUGAUGCAUCUGAAUCCCCAGUUGACAUAUGUUCGCCACCUCCUGAUGAGGAGAAAUUGCCCAAUCAGGAAGCCAGGAAAGUAGAAGAUGAGGAAUACGUGCCGACUAUAAGAUCAUCUCGGUGGGCAACCGAUGCUGACUCUCCAGCUGAUGAAGGUGAGAUUUCAGGUGACGAUAUGCCCCAAUUGAAGAAGCGACGAGCAGUUUCCCAGUCAGCCGGAAUGGGUGGACGCAGGAAAUCAGUAACUCCAGAAUUUGGGGACCUCAAGAGAGACAGCUCUGGGGGGAAUAGAGCAAGGUCCUCAGAUUCUGAUGAACGUAUUAGGUCUUCCAGCAGAGAUAGCUACCAGGACAAUGAUUUAGAUAAGAAUGACUCAAUGGAUGUGGAUAAGGACCGUAAUUAUGAUGAUAGUAGUGUUAGCCAGUCAGAUAGAGAUUCUGAAGAUGAACAUGAUUCUCGUGGCACACCAGAGCCUGCACUUCCUCCUCAACGGAGUGUAAACAUGCUGCAGGGGUGUAGAAGUGUCGAUGAGUUCGAGCGGCUUAACAGGAUAGAUGAAGGUACUUAUGGUGUUGUUUACAGAGCUAAAGAUAAGAAGACAGGAGAAAUUGUUGCACUAAAGAAGGUUAAGAUGGAGAAGGAACGAGAAGGAUUUCCCUUGACAUCUCUAAGGGAGAUAAACAUUCUUCUUUCUAUUCAUCACCCCUCAAUUGUAGAUGUCAAAGAAGUAGUUGUAGGAAGCAGUCUUGACAGUAUUUUUAUGGUGAUGGAGUACAUGGAACAUGAUCUGAAGGCAUUAAUGGAGACAAUGAAACAACCAUUUACCCAAAGUGAAGUCAAAUGUCUUAUGCUCCAGCUUUUGCGGGGUGUCAAGUAUCUUCAUGAUAAUUGGGUCCUUCACCGAGAUCUGAAGACUUCAAAUUUGCUUCUAAACAACCGAGGUGAGUUGAAGAUUUGUGACUUUGGUUUAGCUCGUCAAUAUGGGAGCCCCUUGAAACCAUACACUCAUUUGGUGGUUACUUUGUGGUACAGGGCGCCAGAACUUCUGUUGGGAGCCAAACAAUAUUCUACUGCAAUUGACAUGUGGUCACUGGGUUGUAUCAUGGCGGAGAUGCUAUCCAAAGAACCGCUCUUCAAUGGACGAACAGAAGUUGAUCAAAUUGACAAGAUUUUCAGAAUUCUUGGCACCCCAAAUGAGACAAUUUGGCCAGGGUUUUCCAAACUUCCUGGGGUGAGGGUCAACUUUGUAAAGCAUCAGUAUAAUAAUUUAAGAAAAAUAUUUCCCGCUACAGCCUUCACGGGGUCGCCAGUCCUAUCAGAUGCUGGCCUUGACCUGCUGAAUAAGCUUCUAACUUAUGACCCUGAGGAGAGAAUAACUGCCAGUGAUGCUUUGAACCAUGAGUGGUUUCGUGAAGUUCCUCUCCCCAAGUCUAAAGAAUUCAUGCCUACUUUCCCUGCACAGCAUGCGCAAGAUAGGCGUGUGCGAAGAGUAGUAAAGAGUCCAGAUCCUCUUGAGGAGCAGCGAAGAAAGGAACUGAAGCAAGGGGUGUUAGGAACUGGUGGAUUGUUUGGCUAAGAUAAGUGAAUAGUGCUCAGUAACUAUUUGAGUUUUGCUUUCUCUAAUACUCAUGGGUUGACAUGGUUGAGGUUAGAGCCAUGCAUUGAAAGGAAGUUGCAAAUAUUGUUUGCGAGACGAUCAGUUCAGCUGUUUUUUAGCAGGCUUAUCUGACAAUUAGAUCGAGAAACAAUUCUUUUGGCUGUGCGUUAUCAGAUCUGUUGCAGGUUGACCUACUGGGCUCUGGUGCCUUAUCAAAAUCUUUGAGACUGCUUGCAUGGCCAAGGGUGACAUAGUGAGCUUACCUGUAAAGGAACAAUUUCAAUUGAAACUCGUGUAUGUAACAUAUUUCCCAUUGGCAGUGUAAACAAUUUUCUUGAAAUUGAUUUUGUUACUCAAAACAUAUGGAUUAGUUUCGUACUUCUAGUAUGUCGAUUUUAAUUUUCAUAUUCUGUUUGCAAGAGAUGGUGGUGUAAAGCAGAUGGGGAAUUCUUAGCUUUUUCAUUGACGAAGAAUUUCACUGAAACUAUUGCACAUUUGAAGUAGCAAGGAAAGCAGGUUGAGGAGCUUAUCUACAACCUGGCAUACAUAGAAUUUCAAAUUUAUUUUCGAUACUUCAGAUACUCGUAUUGUCUGCCCAAGCCAGUAAAGGCAGGUACAUUAGAAUCACUAGUCCGGAAGCUCAUCUACUAGCAGGGAAGUGGGUGGAAGGACAUAUUUCAAGGAAAUAGAUCUCUGUGUUCCCAGUGCAGACUAGGAAGAGAUUGAUACAAGCUGUAUAGCUACUUGAAGAAGUCGGGGGUCUGUUCCCUAGAAUGUUGAGGCUAUGAAAUGGCAGAUGAAUGUUCAUCGUGGUGCUUGAAAGACCAUGCAAAGGUUUUUCCCUGCAUGUUUUGUUCACCACAUGGGUGUCUUCAGAACUUUGCAAUCAGAAAAGGAGAAGGGAAAGCAGUAGAGACUGGUCUUCAGCAAAAUAGAUCUGGUGAAACCACAAACUCCCUCUUGAAGAGGAAAAAUCGUCCGUAAUUUACCAACUUGAUUCUUUUUAUUGAAUAUGUUUGUAACUAAGCGCCUUUCUGUUUUCCUUAAUAACUGAUAUCAUGCAGUCUUCUGUUGAAACUUAGGGUGGAGAAGGAAUGGUGUGUUUAAAUGUUGGACCAAGUAACAAAAGGUUGCCCUGUGCAGAAUGCAUCUGCUUUAUUGUGCUUCAAGGCUCUUUUAGACCUUGGAUGUUAUCCGAGCCUAAGUGGAGGAGUGUCUGCUUGUUGUUUGCGAGAAGUUUUCUUGUGGCUAUUGCUACCGUCUUCUCCUAAUGAACUUGAUGGUUAAUCGUUUGUUAGGAUUGGUGAGAAAUAUGCCUCUACACAAUUUUCUUAACAAUAAUAAUAAUUGGAGAAUAAAUUCUGUGUGGAGUCUUCAUACUUUAACACAUUGAUGCUGUACAGCCAGAUAAAUAUGGUAAAAAUGAAACUUUGACGUUCUUGAUGGUAACGUUGGCAUUCCUUUCAGAAUUGUCUAUUCAUACUUAACGCAUUGAUACUGUACAACCAGAUAAAUAAGUUAAAAAGGAAACUUUGACGUUCUUGAUGCUAACAUUGGCAUUCCUUUCAGAA